AUGCGAACCACCUUCGCACCAAAAAACCCACCAAGCGCAAAUCCCGCCAUGAUGAUGACGAUGCCGCGGGACGACCACUACAUUGACGCCAAAUCGUCUCGGAAGAUUCUCCAGAUCGGCCAAGAUUUAGCCGAAGAAGAAGAAGCCGAACAACGCGCUGCGGAGGCUGCGAGACGCCCAGCCGCCGCUAACUCGGCGUUCAAUUUCGAGUCAAGAUUCGGACGGGAUUCUGGGGAGGGAUCUGAUGAAGAGGGGGUGGGGAAGUUUGGGGAAGACGAGGGAGAGUGGGAGGAUGAAGAGGAGAUAGAAGAAAUUGAAGUUGACCCAACCGACCUUGACAUGUUCCACAAGUUCGUUGGUCGCGACGACGAGGAUCCUAUUUUCAACCCUAGGCAAUCAGGUGGAGAAGAGGAAGGGCAGGGUACCAACUUAGCCGAUCUUAUAUUAGAGAAGAUUGCUGCGUUUGAAGCGAAACAGGCUGGACAACCAGCCGUGAUUGGCGGUGGACUACCGGAAGAUGCGGUUCAGAUUCCUAUGAAAGCAGUAGAAGUCUACGAGAAGGUUGGUUUGCUUCUCUCCAGGUACAAAUCUGGCCCCCUCCCAAAACCCUUCAAAAUCUUGCCCACCCUGCCGUAUUGGGACACAUUACUCGACAUCACGCAACCGGAUAAAUGGACUCCAAAUACGAUAUACGCAGCAACUCGAAUUUUCAUCUCCGCAAAGCCCCAUAUCGCACAGCAGUUUAUCUCCAUCGUUCUCCUAGACCGCGUCCGUGAAGAAAUCCGAGAAAAUAAGAAGCUCAACGAACCGGUGCCACAAACAUCUUCAUUCGCACAUUCCUAG